UCCGAGCCCCGCCUCUGGCGACGUCUUCAAAAUGCGUCCUCCCGCCCUCUCCCUUCUCUUUCCGCCUCUCUGCCAUCGUGGUGAGUGCCGUUGCCUGUGUCUCGCCAUGUCUUCUCACAAGACUUUCAGGAUCAAGCGAUUCCUGGCCAAGAAACAAAAGCAGAAUCGUCCCAUUCCCCAAUGGAUUCGGAUGAAAACUGGUAACAAAAUCAGGUACAACUCCAAGAGGCGGCACUGGAGAAGAACGAAGCUGGGUCUCUAAGGGAUCGGACGGGAGAUGGCCCACGUCUAUUCUGCCUCCCGCAAGUACCGCGUUCCGGCUCUGUCACCUCCCCGUUUCCCCGACCUCUAGACCGGUUUCAUCAGGGAAACGACUUCUCUGUUAGGAUUUUGCAUCAGUAGGUUGGUUCAGGAAUAAACACUGAGACGUUCUGGUUGAA